AUGUUACUUAACAUUCCACGUGCAAUUUGCUUUAACUUACGUUGUUCUUGUGAUGACCGUUACCCUUUGGCUUUUACAGCACCACUAAGUCCAACACUGGGAGUGAAAAGAAGAGAAAGAGAGGGAGAGGGAGAGAGAGAGAGAGUGAUGAAGAGACAAAGCAGCGCCGUGUCGCUGUCGUCGUCACGGCGAGAAACCGCGCCGGAGAAAAAUCUCGUCAAGACCGUAGGCUGCAUGUCCGGCAUUCUCCACCUCAUCUCCAACUCCCACUCCAACCGCCCUCGCCGAUUCCUCACCUUCGGGAAGAAGCAGGUUAGGAAUCACGGUUCUUCCGCUUCCACCAUCGCCGCUUCGCAACCGGAAAACGCUAAACAGGAUAACACCGCCGAUGGUGUCGCCGGCCGUAAUCCGAGAUUGUCGCGCCAGGUGCCGAGGAGCCCGACGUUGCCGGCGGAGAUUCGACGAUCGAGUCCGGCAACCGCGGCGGAGAAUCCCCGGGAUCCGCCGGCGCUGGUGGCGAGGCUGAUGGGGCUGGAGGCGGUUACAGCGACGCCGGAAUCGGUGGCAGAGAAGAGGCAGAGGCUGCUGGGAGCAUUGCAGCGGUGCGACGAGGAUCUGAAGUCGCUGAAGAAGAUCAUCGAGGCCGUGCGGUUGGCUGAUCCGCCGCCGCCGCCGUUGCCGGCGGCAUCACGUAGCAUCGGUGGCUUUGAGGAUAAAAUGAGAACGGUCUCGGAGGUGAAGUGUUCGGUGAUUAACGGCGAGCAGCAGCAGCCGAGUCCAGUGUCUGUGCUUGACGAGUUCACUCGUUCGCCACUCAGUCCAAACUGCCACUCGGGACGGCAUUCAUUUGGGCGAAUGCAGCAACAAAAGCAGCAGUUACUGAAAAAACCAGGAAAAGAAGAAAUUAGCAACACGUAUAUUUACGAGAGAAUGACAAGCGAGUUGGUACAUAAGAAAGUGAAGGACGAAGAUCAAUCAGUGAUGUGGAGUAGCAAAGCCAUGAUAAAAAGUGUGGAGGAAGUGUGUAGGGACGUUGCUUGGGGAGAAAAGAGAGAGAUUGGAAGAAUAGGAUUGGCUUUGCAGGAUUGUAUCUGCAGGGAUUUGAUUGAAGAGAUUGUUAAAGAAUUAGGAUGCUUGUACACCCUGCCAUUUGAGGCCUGUAAGAGAAGACUCUGCUUCUAA